GUUGGUAGCGCGUUAUACAUUUUCACUCCUUCAUAGAACAUGCUUUUUUGGGCACUUCUAGUUCUCCUGAAUUCUAUUGCGAUAUUUUCCGCUUGUCGUGUAACCCUAUCAGUUUUAGAUGUCACAAUAAUGAACUUAUUCGCUACUUCUUUCGGCAUCAGAUUCUUUACGCCCUUUUUAUUGAGAGAGAGAGAGGCCCCGUAAACCGGAAUACAGAAAGUGAAUAGAUAUAUCAUAGUGACUAAAGUGGAAAGUGAAAAAAACAAUUCUAAAAUCGCAUUAACACAGUUAGUAAAUACAGGAGGCACCCAGGUAUUCAUAAAUCUGUUAGUUAAUUUGCAGUAUAGAGAUUCUAUUAUGGCGGAUGCAAUUGUUCAAGACGUCCUAUGGGUUUUAGGACAGAUAGCACAAAAAGACCACAAGUUUGCAAUGAAGGUGAAACUAUUGAAUUCCACAAAGCUCUUUCAUUAUUUAUUGAAGCAGUAUUACAAUCAUGAUAACGCAUUGCAGUCCUUAUUAAUGAUUAUAAAAAAUCUAGCAAAUAAUUCAUCUUCGGUGCAAGCACUGGUGAAGGACGGUAUCGUUGCUACAUUUGAGAAGACACUUGUCUAUCUUGGUCACACGCCUCAUCUGAAACUUAAAAUACUUCUUGAAUGUUUUAAACAGUUUACAGUUAGCAGGCUCUGCUGUACAAAGUUUGUGAAAGUUGGACUGGUGCACUUAUUAAUGCAAACGUUUGAGAAAUGGGAAAAAUUUGACGGACAGCUCACGUUGAAAAUAUACAAUUGCACUUUAAAUAUAUUACAGCAUCUUUGCCAUAUAAGAUCAGGAAGAAAAACGAUUAAAUCCAAUGAUGGUUUACAAUUGCUUUAUACAUUUUGUACUAACUGCCCUGAAGACAAAUCAUAUGAUCGCUUAUUGUUCCGUGUGUGUGGAAUUAUUAAUCAAUGUUUGGAGAAGAAAGAAUUACCGGUUCCAGAGAUGUCUCCAGCAAGGUUAUAUCCCCGCCAGAGUGGAACAAAGGAAAACAUAACAUAAACGAUGAAAUGGAAGGCGAGUUAACUAGGGUGGUAAAGUUAAAUAACAUCGAAAACUAAGAAGCCUGGAGAUUCCAAAUUCGGAUCAUCAUAAAUUCGUACGGCGUGUUGAACAUCGCAUUGGAGACGGAGGUGAAAGUAAAGGAUCCGGGCGACGCGGCUAACGAGCAUGCGUGCGCCGAAUACAAGAAAAAGCUUACAGCAUGAAUGAAGGCCGAUGCAACAACACAAAAGGUGAUCGUGGGUAUAGGAAACCAGCCCAUGCACUAUAUAAUUAACUGCCCAACGGCAUCUGAGAUGUGGCCUAAACUAACGUCCAUCUACGAGCAGAGAUCCGAUGCAAGCGUGCACAUACUGCACCAAAACUAGUAUAAUGCAACUAAACAAAACUCAGAUGACAUCGAAAAGCACAUUCCAGCUUGGAGGAAAUAGCACACAGUUUGAAACUGGUGGGUAAGCAAAUCGCUGAUUCAAUGAUAAUCACAAAAAUCCUAAUGACCUUGCCAACCAGCUACCGGUACUUCGUUAACGCUUGGAAAUCGAUGCAAGCGGGAGACCGCAUGCUGGAAAAUCUAGAAGCUGGAUUUAUGACGGAGGAAAUUAGGCACAUUGUCUGACAGGACAAAAAUGGAAACGAAUUUACCUCAGGUGCACAGCAGGGAAGGUCAAGAUGUGGCGAGAGAAACUGAUCGAGGGGCACAACAAAACCAGCUAACUGCUAUGUGUGUGGGUAACCCGGAUACUGGGCCAGAGAGCACCAGCAGCGGCAGGACAACAGCAACCGAGGUUGCCGAGGAGGCUCAGGGGCCCUUGGGAGAAAAUUACAUGACCAGGCCAUGAUAAGUGAAGCACUCACAUCAGCAAUCAUGGAGAAUACAAGAGAUGCAGGGUAGUAUCUGAACUCCGGAGCCAGUCAUUACAUAUUUGUCAUUACAAGCCAGUCAUUACAAUCGAAUUAACUCGUUCACAACAUACGAAGGCCUCGAUUUCUCAAAAAAUGUAUGCAUUGGGGAUGGGAACUGCAUCCCAGCCAUUGAAAGGAGAUCAGUAAACAUAAUCAUGUACGACGGGAAAAAUUGGAAUGAAAAUCACCUCUUUGAUGUAUUAUUCAUACCAAAAUUAUAAUGUAACGUGCUUUCACUCGAUGCAGCAACAGACAAAGGCUUGAGGACAAGCCUCCAGUCGACGGACACAACGUGCGAGCUAACGAAAAAUGAACGCACAUUCGUCACGAGAUGACGUACUGGGAAGCUUCAUGUCAUGAACUUCCAAAUCAGUGAGCCAAAGGAGUCAAGAUGGAAGCAGAACCCCCCUCGAGCGCUAGUAGGCUGUAUCAACACGCUGCAAGAAUAGCAUAAAAGGCUUGCACACUAGAACUUCAGACACGUAAGACAAGCACUCAAUAGACUUCAGAUUCCCGUGAGUGAAAAGAAUAACCCGUUCUGCGAGGCUUGCUCGAAAAUGAAUGGGAUCGGCGAGAUCCUUCACGCCUCUGUGGACCCAUGCCGACAAAUUCGCUAGGAGGAUCAAGAUAUUAUCUGCUGCUGAAGGAAGACUAUUCUCAUUAUCGGUAAGUAUACUUCAUUGAAAGUAAGUCUGAAACUGCGAGCUGCAUCGAGAAUUUCAAACAAACAGUGCCUGGGAGGUAAUCAAGUAUUCCGCACAGAUAACGGGUUAGAAUUCAUCAAUAACGAGAUAAAAAAAUUGAAUUAGACACCAAAGGGCCGUGGCGUACACACCAUAGGAAAACGAAUUGGCAGACGGCGACAGUCGCAUGCUGAAUCAGAUAGGACGAACGCUACUACUAGUCAGCGGGCGAGGAACAAAGUUCUAGGUGGAGGCGAUCAACACAGCCGUGAGUAUUUUUAAAUAGAGCAGGACCAACAGUUUAAA